GCCAAGGAACCAAUAUGCCACUCGUACGGGUUGCGUCCUCCGAAAGCGGUCGCUCUUUUGGAAGAACAAAAAGCCCUCUCCUGACAGUUUUAGGUGCCUUCCUCUCGACUCCAUCUCCUCCUCCGUUCGUCGCCCCCGGUGGUUCUUCGUCUCCUCUUCCCUCUCCGCCUUCGUUCGAUCGAGAAUCGGCUGGGAUGGCCAACAGCAAUCUCCCUCGUAGGAUCAUCAAGGAGACGCAGCGGCUUCUUAGCGAACCAGCUCCGGGGAUAAGCGCGUCUCCCUCCGAAGACAACAUGCGCUACUUCAACGUAAUGAUUCUUGGGCCGUCGCAAUCUCCAUAUGAAGGAGGAGUAUUCAAGCUUGAGCUGUUUCUACCUGAAGAAUAUCCAAUGGCUGCUCCAAAGGUCCGCUUUCUGACCAAAAUCUAUCAUCCAAACAUUGACAAGCUUGGAAGAAUAUGCCUAGACAUUCUGAAAGACAAAUGGAGUCCAGCUCUCCAAAUUAGAACUGUGCUCCUCAGUAUUCAAGCUCUUCUCAGUGCCCCAAACCCAGACGAUCCACUAUCGGACAACAUUGCAAGGCACUGGAAGACAAAUGAAGCAGAAGCUGUGGAAACAGCCAAAGAAUGGACCCGUCUAUAUGCUACUGGGGCAUGAAAGCGAAGGUGGCAUUCUGCAUGUAAUAACAUCUUUACUACUGAACUUCAAUUGUUCCAAGCUUUAAUUAGUUCAAGCUCCUGCUGUUAUACUAUAUGGUGUACAUUGGUUGAAACCCCCUCUUUUUUAUACAAUCUCAUCCCUCUGAGCAAGUUUCAUUGUC